UCCUGUUCCGUCCCUGCGGCCGCGGAGCUCUCGGACCAGCAUUUCUCCUUCACAAAGCUUGGCCAGAUGGAGGAGGAGUCUGCGAGGAAGAGGAAGAUGCCCCAGGACCCCCAGGCAGGCCCCGAGCUGAGGACGGAGAGCCCGGAGGACAAAUCCCCCCGGCAGAGCCUGGUGGGAGAGGCCGUUUUGAAGGGCUCCACGGCGCAGGAAGGCAGCGGGGAGGAAAAACCACGAAGGUACCCCAGGAGGAGGGUCUCCAAAGCCAGCCCAGGGUGCUCUGAGGAGGAAAGACCCACCCUGUGCCGGGAAGGUGACGAGAGCUUGAGCGAGAGCUCUGACCUGGAGGUCCAUGAGCAGCUCCGUGCUGGGAAAAGGCCGUUCAAGUGCUUGGAAUGUGGGAAGAGGUUUAGCAAGAGAUACCACCUGAUCCGCCACCAGCGCAUCCACACUGGGGAAAGGCCCUACAAGUGCUCGGAGUGUGGGAGCAGCUUCAGCCGGCGCUUCUGCCUGAUCCGCCACCAGAUCGUUCACACCGGAGAACAACCCUACCAGUGUGGGGAAUGUGGGAAAAGCUUCAAUGACCGCUCCAACCUCAUCACCCACCAGCGCCUGCACUCCAGGAAACGGCCCUACAAGUGCUUGGAAUGUGGGAAGAGCUUCUGCCUGAGCUCCGACCUUAUCCGCCACCAGAAGAUCCACAGUGGGGAACGGCCCUACAAGUGUCCUGAGUGUGGGAAGAGGUUUAAGACCAGCUCACAUCUCCUCCUGCAUCAGCGGACGCACACAGAUGAGAGGCCCUUCCUCUGCACCGACUGUGGGAAGAGCUUCAACCGCAACUCCCACCUUGUCCUGCACCGGCGCAUCCACACUGGAGAGAGGCCCUACAAGUGUGACGAGUGUGGGAAGAGCUUCAGCCAGAGCUCUGCCUUGACCUCACACCAACGGACCCACCAGUAAGCGAAGCCCUGUGAGCACCUCAACUGCGGGAAGAGCUUCAUCUGCUGCUCCAACUCCAUCACCCAUCGGAGGACCCACAUUGGUUCCACAGUGACCCACAUUGGGCACAGAUCUGUUGACUCAUGUUCCAGAUGAUCCAUGCUGGGCAGUGCAUUGGGUUUGCCAGGUUUUGGUAGCAGGGGGACUCCAGGGCUGGGUUUAGUGAGCAGCUGCCAGAAACUUCCCCCAUGUCCAGCAGAGCCAAUUCCAGCUGGCUCCAUCUCAGAGAUGACAGUGACGCCUUGGGGAGAAUGUAUUUGUCUUAGUUUUAGCUGCUCCCCCCAGGGCUGGGAGCUGGGGUGGUUGGUCCCUGGAGAGUUUCCCGCUGAGGGACCAAUCACAGCUGUUCUUUUUUGCUCUUUUGAAAUUAGAUAUUCACAACAGCCGGAAAUCGUUGGCAGUUUUAGUUGUGUGUGAGAGCGUGUGUGUGAGAGAGAGAAGCCGGAGGGGUGGACGGGGGCCCCCCAUAACCCAGGGGGGGCCCCUGUGCCCCCACGGCCCUGGCUCAGCCAGGGCUGGAGGCAGUGUGUAGGAGUAUGUGUGUGUUGUGAGGGAGACUCCCUCUUCCCCCCCCAGCUAGACUGCAGGGCUUGGGACAGUGUGAACUGGACUGAGUACCCUGUGGCCAAGGCGAGGGAGCUUUCUUUUUCUUCACCUGGGAAGGCGGUGGUGUGGAUUCAAGGCAUGCUCGGCAUUGGAGCUAGAGGGGUCCAGAGCCUGGAGAAGUGGCUGGGAUAUAUGGAAAAGCUGGAAGAACUGCAGGCUGAAGGAAUUGGAGACGGGCCAGAGGGCCUCGGAGGUGCCAUACGUUGGGUUUGGACCUGGGCUACUGAAAUUGAAAACUGCAGCAGCUAAGGAAGAGUGAGAGAGCCAAACCAGCAGGUUUUUCUGGGCAAGGACUUUUUGAUGAAAACUAUUUGGGGUAAAAAAGGACUGAGCAGAGACCCAGAGCCUGCAACCUGGAGAGUGAGAAAUGGAACAUCUUACUCCCUAGGAGGAAACCUUCACGAAACCAAGGAGGAAGGACUCAGAGCUGACUCCCUGGACCUUUUUGUGAUGAAGACCUGGUGAAGUGAGUGUUUCCCUGGCAGCCCAGGAUGAGACCUCAGCAGGAGCUGAGGGCUGGUGGGGGUGCAAGAGAACCCCUUUCCCUGAUACCCCAAUGAGAGAGAGACUUUUUCACUAUUACCCUGAAGACGACUUCUGAACUGAUGUGGGAGGGUUCAAGGGGAGCUGUGUUAAUAUUAUAUAUAAUUGCUUUUUAGUUUGUAUAGUAUUUAUUGGGUAGUAAUAAAUUGUAUGUAAUUCCCUUCCCA